UGGACAUGUCCCACCAAAAAAAAGCAAACACUCGACGUAACCGGCUAACUACACGGAGCCAAUGAGCCUUUGAAGGUCAUAUUCGGCAGUAUCCCGUCGACCUGCUCGACGACCAAUGAUCGACUUUGCAUUGUACUUGUAUGAUCCAGUACUUGUAACAGUCAGCUCACGGGCGUAUCGGUUCAGUUCUCACAAACGAAAAACCACCAGAUAUUACAAGUUGUCUGGAUCUGGGUCUCCAUGGAUUCACGACUAGAGGAACCCGUACGGUCAUGGAACAAAGCAUGUUUGAUUGCCUGCUGCAGGCAAGACGCAAUACUCGGUUCUAUGUCGAGAACUGAUACGAAGCGACGUCGGUACAAGCCCCCAAGGCGGCCUUUACAACAACUUGAACUAUGGAAACACGUCACUUCAGUGAUUUUCAUCGGCAUCCAACCGUCAUACAAAGAAAAUUCCGGCUGGUUGUCCGGUCUAUCAACAUUUCUACAAGAAUGUGCCGUAAAUGAUGGGUUACGUUGCGGUCCUCUUGAGUCCACUUCAUUUCAUCAUCAGUAUAUUCGCUCUGAGCGAAUUCCUCAGCACAAAACGCAAGUUCAAUUGCAUUGUCGUGCACACUCCUUGAAGCACGCGUCCAUUGUCUGCUCGUAUUCACUUGCUCUUCCAUUACCGCAGCACGAUGCAAACGCGAAAUACCACCUCGAGGCCGGGGAAACCGAACUUGUCGAAGCUACACCUCUAAUGAUUAGCCUGAAUGUGCUGAGUAGGUCGGUGAGAAGUGCAUGAAGCAAAUCACACUACAACGCGAUACUAACACCACUUCGGCGACUGCAUUUAACGCAUACACGCCAGUUUACUAUGGCUUGCCUUCGUCACCUGAAGACAAAACAUCA